AUGUCAGCCUCUGUUUCCAUCACUUCCAUCGUGAACCUGCGCGAUGUGGGUGCGACAGUCAAUAACUUCCUGGGCGCGAGAGAGGGCCUGCUUUUUCGCUCAGCUCGACCUGAUGAGGCUUCCUCCGAGGACAGGGCUCGUUUGAAAGAUGACAUUGGUAUCAAGACGGUCGUGGAUCUACGUUCCAAGACCGAGCAUCUGAGGCAGAUGCAAAAGCGUCAACCACUACACCAGCCUGGUCUCCCAGCCGCCAUCCAGACAAAUGAUGAACUAGCUCAGAGCGCCAUGAUUCCUGGUCUGCACUACGUUAAUGUCAGUCUAGCGGGGAAAGGACUGCAGCGGCAUCUCGCAUGGCAGCUGUCGUGGUGGAAUCUAUUCCAACUCAUAUUCUACCACAUAAUCGGUCAACGUGUCAAGGGUAUGGCCAUCAUGGGUCGUGAAGUCUUUCAAGUGCGGGGCCUUGUUGGGCUCGGGCUUGAUACCCUCGACUACUGCCAUGGCGAGACCGUUCAGGUCCUUCGAACGUUUCUCGAUCAGCAGUCUCUCCCGUCUCUUGUCCACUGUACGCAAGGGAAGGACAGAACCGGGUUAAUCGUCGCACUCGUUCUCAUGAUCUUGGAUGUUCCGAUCCCGGCCAUUGAGCAUGAUUAUGCGCUGACGGACGCGGCACUCAAUGCGGACCCGGACGUGCGGUUCAAGGAGAUACAAGAGAUUGGCCUCUCAAAGAGUUGGGGAUGUACGGACCCAAACAUGAUCAAGGCGAUUGCAGAACAUAUAACAACCCAAUACGGUGGACUGGACCAAUAUCUAGAUCUUAUAGGGUUUGGCCAGGACCAGAGGGACAGGCUGAGAGAACUCCUGCUGUACUGA